AUGGAGUACACAACCGUCCCCCUCCCACAAGACCCCAACCGCCACCUCCCUUCCGUCCACGAAAAGGGCAUCGCCAUCUUCAUCGACUGCCAUCCAGGCUACUGGCUCGAGGCAGACAACGGACUCCGCUUCCAGGUCGACCCAAAUCCCAUCACCAAUGACUUUCCGCUGUAUCCUGUUCACGGCCCACGAAAGUUUCCUGAUCCGAGUCACAAUGCGUACUACUACUCGGGCUUUCGACCGGGUGGUCCUCCCAUCAUGGCUGAUGCAUAUCUGAGCUCUCAACCUGUGGCCUACGCGCUAUAUCAUUCUGUACAUGCGCGAGAUGUUAUUUACCAGGAGCACAGACGCCGCGAGCCCAAGGUGGACCUUGAAGCGCAUAUCGGUCGUGAAGGAAGUAAACAUGCUAACAUUUAUAUCUCCCUGGACACAGAAAUGUGGCACAGUGCAGUUACGCGCUUCAACACAUCUCUUGCUCAGUCUGCUCAACACCAAUACCCCCAGACACAGGAGGUUUAUCACUGCGCAGAGGCUUACUACUGCCAUACGCCGCAGAGGACGUACCACUAUCAGUAUCCACCUCAUGAGAAUACCAGUUCUGUGACUGUGACUCCUCUCACUCCUUCCACCACCUCUUUCCAGCGUAACUACCAGCAGCAGCAGCAGCAGCAGGCCCGGAUUCAGCACCAGCAGCCUCGACUCCUUCUUCCUCGACCAGAAUGGCACCCACCUCCGCAGACAACCGGCCCAGAAAUCGUGGCAGUCCAGUUCGCCAACGUUGCCGCCCACACGGCGAAAUGUGACAAGUGUGACCGUCGCAACAAGAACGGUAUGGUCCGCUGCCUGUCCUGUGGUUGGCAGUGCUGCCGGCUCUGUCUCGAAGCGAAGGGCGGCGAUCGCUCGCAUCAUUACUUGGGCACACUCCAUACGCCUGCUUCUGAGGUUUCGGCUUCUGUUGUUGUUCAGCAGAGACAUAUAUCGACACCUACACCUACACCUACUACGACUACUGGUGCUGGUGGUGGCGCUAGUACUGCCGAUGAUAGCCUUGGCUCCGAGCCGAGUGAUUUGACGCGCACAUCUGAUCUGUCUUCUUUGAGCGCGACUCCUCCGUCUGGAUCUGGCUCUCGAGACGUAUCCUCCGCAAGUGGCGGCGGUGAUGCUAGUGGAACCAGUGGAGAGCUGCCCGAGCCAACGGAUCUCGACUACGCGAGACCGGAUGAGUCGAUGGAUACCGAGGAGACACUAUCGUGGACUUCGCACAGUAGUGUUGAGGAUGAGCAGAGGGCAAAGUCGCGGAGGGUUCGGCGCAACCCGGGGCGCCGCGCGAGAUUUUCGUCCUCGAUGACGGCGGAUUCGAAUUAG